AAACGUUCAACGAGAGAAACCUAGAAGGAUAGAACAGAGAAAAAGGUCGUGAUCUCUUUAGGGUUAAUCCUUGCUGGGUCAUGAUCUUUUUCUUUCUCGCUACCAUUGAUAUCCUCCUCUAUUUUCUGGUUCUUCCGCAAUCUUCACCACUCAUCUUCAUUAGCAACCUAAAGAGAAAACCACCAUGGGCAUGGGCACUCGAUCAUUGAUUCGCUGUGUUGAGGAAGAACUUGGAAAAUUCCCACACUUACUGAUAUACACAGUCCUUGAAUGGAUGCUGAUAGGCAUACUUUUCCUUAACGAGUUUCUCGCUUUCGCAGCCAAUGAGUUCGCCAUCUUCUUCCAUUUGAAAAUCCCAUGCCUGCUCUGUUCCAGCAACAGUGAUCACGUAAUGGUUCAUAAAAGUCCGAGUUACUGCAACGAAUCCAUAUGUGAGUUUCACAAGAAGGGUAUAUCGUCUAUCGCGUACUGUCACAAGCACAAGAAACUCUCUGACAUAAGGAACAUGUGCGAGGCGUGUCUUCUUUCUUUUGCAACGCAGAGGGAAUCAGAUUGUGAUACCUACAAGUCUCUCGUUGGGGUUCUGCAAAAGGAUCUGGAAUGCUUCGUGGGGGAUGACAUAGAAAUUCAAUUGAGUCUGACUAAUGAGGAUGUGUGUGAAGAGACAAGCAAUACCCAGAAAUGUUCCUGCUGUGGACAGCCAUUGAAGGUCAAGUUAUUUCAUUCCAAAGCCAAAAAUGCAGUCAAACUUUCACAAGAUCUAGCUCCAGCUCCUUCACCUCGAGUUAAUUCAGAGCUUUUGAAGGAUGAUACCAAAGCUGCUUCCGUACCUUUAUUGACAGAAGCUGAUAAUUUGAAGGACGAGAUCAAAACCUCAACAUUGCCAACGGGUAAUGAAUUUCUUGGAUCUCCACAUGUAGAUUUUGCCACCAACAGUCCCAGAUAUUAUUACAGGAUCGACAGGCAAUCGACAGUGGAGAAAACAGGAUCAAACCCAGAAUCUAACGAAGGAGAGGAAGCCACCUUAAACCUUUCGAACAGACAAGUUCGUCUGGAUAGAAAGCCACUCAUGGCUUUGUAUAUGGAACUGGAUGAAGAAAGAAAUGCUUCGGCUGUUGCUGCUAACAAUGCAAUGGCCAUGAUCACACGUUUACAGUCAGAGAAAGCGGCGAUAAAGAUGGAGGCUUUACAGUAUCAGAGAAUGAUGGAGGAGGAAGUAGAGUAUGAUGAAGAGUCCCUGCGUGCGACUAAUGAGAUGCUACUCAAAAGAGAGGAAGAAGUAGUGGGAUUAGAGAAUGAGUUGGCUGUUUACAGAGAAAAAUAUGGAAGCUUAAUGGAAGAUGAAUUUCGGGAACACAAAAGCUUGAAUGCUGAGGAUUACCAACAGUUCAAUUCACAAGCUUAUCUAUUUCACAGCAGUAACAUCUCUCCUCCCAAGCUCGAUGAUUGGGAGGAUAAGAAAGAAAAAGACCUCAAUGGUCAUCAAGCAGUCCCAGCUCAGGUUACUAAAGCUCACUUGGCAGAACAUGGGAAUCAGAAAAUUAAUAAUGCAGACAACGAGACAGGAAUAGGAAGCGGAGUUUCACUAGUAGAAGUGUCUUGACUCUGCUGUAACAAAACAACGAUAUUAUAUUUAUACUUGGAAUUGGAAUGAUGGUAAUGGUAAUUGUGAGGUGUUCGGGCACUAUUUGCUUUGCCAUGAACUGCUCAAGUAUCAGAUUAAUAGAUGGUGAUAGCAACUUAUAUUCUAUCUCUCACGGAUGUCUCUGUAAUGGUUGUAAAAUAGAGAUCAACUACAUGGGAAUUCAAAGCUAAUAUGAUGUCUUGAAUAUCCCUUUACUAGGUUUGUACUGUUCAAUAGGUUCAUUUGAACACCCUUUGUCCAGGAUUUGAUCUGAUUGUUUUAUAUGGAGUGUUUUGAAACUUCCUUUCUGGCAUUA